UCUUUUUUUUUAUGGAGAGGCUUGGGAUUCAAAAUCCAGUUCUGGUUUCAUUUCUCCUCAUCAUCUCCUCUAACUAUUUUGCUUCGAGUCAAAACGACGUCGGAUCCAAGCAUGAGUGGACUCCGUUUCGAGUCCAAGUCAGGGUAGGGUUAGUUUUGGAUUUGGGUUCCGUGGAGGGCAAGAUACUUGGAAGCUCCGUUUCCAUGGCGCUUUCCGAUUUCUACGCCGUUAAUAGUGACUACAAAACAAUAGUCUCUCUUUCAGUCAGAAACUCUCGCGGGGAACCUAUCCUUGCUCUUGCUUCUGCUGUUGAUCUGCUGCAAACUGUAGGAGUGGAGGCGAUUAUCAGUGGGGAUUCGUUGCAGGAAACAAAGCUUUUGGCUGAGAUUGGGGAGCAAGCUAGGGUUCCUGUGAUUUCACUCAACUCUCCAGCGUCAUUGUCAUUGAGAAAAUACAGUCAUUUGAUCCAAGCGACGUAUGAUUCGUCGUCCGAGGCAAAGGGCAUUACAGCAUUCAUCCAUGGGUUUGAGUGGAAGAGUGUUGCUCUUGUUUAUGAGGAUGACGAUGACUGGAGAGAGAGUAUGCAGCUCAUGGUGGACCAUUUCCAUGAGAACGGAGUUCGUAUACAGUCCAAGGUUGGUUUUACAGUCUCUUCAAGCGAGAAAAUGAUGAUGAAUCGGUUAAGGAAGAUGAAGAAAUCGGGAACCACUGUCUUUGUGGUGCACAUGUCUGAGCUUGUAGCAACUCAUCUCUUCACAUGUGCUGGGAGAUUAAGAAUGAUGUGUGAAGGCUUUGCUUGGGUCCUCACUGCCAAAACCAUGAACAGCUUACAAGGAAGAAACGGCCACGAAUAUGCAAAAGAAGCAAUGGAAGGUGUGGUUGGUUUCAGGUCUUACAUUCCAGUGUCAAAUGAGCUUCACAACUUCACUGCAAGAUGGAGAAAAACACUGCCUCUUGAAGAGGCUGUUGGGACUGAGAUAACUCGGUUUAGCAUCUCUGGCGUAUGGGCUCACGAUUUCGCUUGGGCGCUGGCGAGAGCCGCAGAGUUUACAAGGAUGCCAAAUGUAUCAUCAACUCUUCUUGAGGCUAUCAAAGAGUGUAGGUUCAAGGGUUUGAGUGGUGACUUCCAUAUCAAGCAUAAGAAGUUGUUGUCCAGCAAGUUUGAGAUUGUGAAUUUGAUAGGAUCAGGUGAGAGAAGGAUAGGAUUUUGGAACUCUAAUGGUAGUUUCAGUAAUACAAGACAUUUGUCUUCUUCUACUCAUAACAAUUUGGAGACUAUUAUCUGGCCCGGUGGGACUAUUCAAAGUCCGCAAGGGCGCAAACUAGAAGAAAGAAAGAGAAAAACACUGAGAGUUCUGGUCACAUCUAGCAACAGGUUCCCAAGACUGGUGAAGGUGGCGACUGAUCCAGUAACAAAAAAAGUAACCGCUGAAGGGUUUUGUAUAGACGUCUUCCGAGCUUCCAUUAGACCUUUCAACUAUGAAGUGGAAUUCAUACCUUGGCGCAAUGGUAGUAACUACGAUGAUCUUGCAUAUGCACUUAGUAGCCAGAAAGACAAAUAUGACGCGGCCGUGGGAGAUAUUACAAUCACUUUUAAUAGAUCAAGUUAUGUUGAUUUUACAAUGCCGUUCACUGAAAUGGGUAUUGGUAUUGUAGCACCAAAAGAGAGAAGUAUGUGGGUGUUUUUGCAACCUCUAACACCACACCUUUGGUUAACAACAGGAGCUUUCUUUGUCUUGACGGGUGUUAUAGUUUGGUUGAUUGAAAGACCUGAGAACAAAGAGUUUCAGGGAUCUUGGUCGAAACAGAUUGGAGUUAUCUUUUGGUUUGGCUUCUCUACCCUUGUUUAUGCGCACAGGGAGAAGCUAAAACACAACUUAUCAAGAUUUGUAGUUACAGUUUGGGUAUUUGCAGUGCUGAUACUGACAACGAGUUACACUGCAACAUUGACAGCAAUGAUGACGGUGCAACAGAUACGAUUCAACUUCAACAAAAACCACGUUGGUCACCUUUUUGGAUCAGAGGUCGCAAUGGCUGCCUUCCACAAUCCCGGAAACCACGUAGCGAGUAUGAAGGGUCUUAGUACUUCUGAAGAAUAUGCUAAAUUCUUGUUGAAUAAAACUGUCACAUUUGUUGUUCAUGAGUUGCCAUACCUCAAAGUCCUCCUUGGAGAGAAUCCUGCAAAGUUUUUCAUGGUCAAGACAAAAUGUACCACCAGUGGUUUCGGAUUUGUAUGUAUCCAUCCCUCUUUUAUCUUCAUCAGUUUCUUUACUCUUCAUCUUCUUUUAUACUUGCUGAUAAUUAAACCAUGUUUCAGAUGUUUCAAAAGGGUGACGAGUUGGCGCCUAAAGUGUCCAGAGAAAUCUCGAAGCUGAGGGCAAAAGGGAGGCUAAACGAGAUUGCGAAACGAUGGCAUGAGAUUCCACUUCCAUUCACAGCAGAUGAUACAUCAAAUCCUAUAACCCUUGACAGAUUCCACGGUGUGUUUAUGAUCACUGGAGUUUCUUCAGCUUUUGCUCUUGGAGUACUUCUCAUUCACUGGCUCCGAGAUAGAUGGGAGUGCCGCGUGAAUAGUUUGUCAUGGUUUUAUCCUGUGAAUUGGUUCAACAUAUACCUCUCGCAACG